CUUCAAAAAUCGAAAGUCAUAUUGAUUCACAAUAUUUGCUGUCUGUCUUGACAUUUUCACCGUCGUCGGGUUGACAAAUGUACUUUGCAUGUACUCACAUCGCGACGCUUUCUAGUUGUUUGAUACAAAUCAGAUUGUCUGUCCCAGCAUUGUUUGUUGAAAUUUAUAAGAAGCAAUAAUUUCUAUAUUAAGUUACUGGAUUAUCCGCAGCUCAAGGAAUUAUGUCGAAGAACGAGAGAGAAGUCUUGAGCGAAAGUUUUGAGCAUGAUGAUGAAUCCGAUUAUAAGGAGAAUAAUGGCAAAAGUAGGAAACAGAAAGCUUGGGUCACAGCGUCCCUUAGAUCUCAUAAUGGACGAAUAAAAUCUUUUAUAAGAAAGGUUCAACGUGGUUCAUCGGUGAGGUUUGUGUGUAUUGAGGAGGAAGAACUUCAAGACAUGGAUAUAACGGAAACUGACGAUUUUCAACGAAAUAUCCUCCAUCAUGCUGUAUCUAAACCCAAUACCUUAAAAGAAAUUCUAAAAGUGUUUAAAGAUGAUGCUCGUAUUUCUGAAGCUCUACGCGAGGCAGAUAAAGUGGGAGAGUUACCAAUCCAUCGGGCAGCUGUACUGGGUAACACUGAGUCCUUAGAAAUGCUCUAUGGUCACGACACGACACUAAUGUUGUUAAGAACAACGAAAGGAAAUGAAUCUGUACUUCAUUCAGCUGUGAAAUCAAGGUCACUUCUUGUUGUAAAAUACAUUCUAACGUGUAUUCUUAAAGAGGAUCCCAAAUUGGUCAAUGCUGUUGACAAUUUGUUUCAAUCGCCUGUUCAUUACGCAGCUGCAUUCAAGCAAUCUAAUGUCUUGGAACUUUUGUUAUCUUACGGAUGUGAUUCUACCUUGAUAGAUACCAAUGAUCAAAUACCGUUGCAUAUUGCCUGCAGCAAGGGAUUCUUGAAGAACGUCCAGCUACUUGUGCAAGAACAUCCUGACACAAUCGAUUUGAUUGAUCAUUCUGCUCAAACACCAUUGAUACUUGCAGCUAAAUAUGGUUUUCCAAAGAUUGUCUCUUAUUUACUUGCAAGCAAAGCUGAUUUUUCUCUGAAAGACAAAAUUGAUUUUACGGCCUUUGAUUGGGCUUUGCAACGCAACUUGCCUGCAAUUGUUGAAUCAUUUCAAAAUACAGCCAACUGGAAAGAGAUUUUGAAAGAGUCAAAGAAUGGUCCCGAAAAUUCUCUGUGCGUAAUGAUCGCAGGUAUGCCAGAGAUGGCCAAGUUGCUUUUGGAUAAAUGUAUUGAAACUAAAGAAAAUCGUGGAAAUGGUUGCAUGGUAACGUAUGAUUUCUUUUGUCUUGAAUCAAAAGACAAUAAUGGUGCAUGGCCAAAGUUUGCAGCACUGGAAAUGAUGACAAAACAGGCUUGCGAGAUCUGUCUACAGCAUCCAGUUUCAAAGAAAUAUGUCAAUGUAAAGUGGAAGAGACGUGGUUUUAAAUAUUUUGUCAGCUUACUGAUAUUCGAUUUGGUUUUUCACAUAUUAUUUCUUGUUUAUACUACCGAAAUUAUUGGCGGGUUUCAUUCGUACAAGCACAUUAACCGUACCGGAGGGAAAAAUACAACGAUGACAGAAAACAAACGUAGGAGUCAACCACUGAAUGCAUCUGCCAUGAUCUUCCUUCGUGUGAUAAUGUUGAUAAUAACAUUUGCCUCUUUAACAAAAGAAUUAGUUCAGAUUUUUGUGGAGCGCUUCAACUAUUUCAAGGAUUUUUAUCAUUGGCUAAGGCUUGUGCUCAUUCUGUGUGUGAUUUUUUACAUACUACCAUUGAGGCAAGAGUUGACUACUAGCGAAAUUGGCUUUGGUGCCAUAAUUUGUUUGUUCUCGUGGACAAACUUCAUGCAAGUCUUGAAACUGACUCCUAUUUUUGGCUUAUACCUUAAUCUCAUUGAAAAGGUUGUCUGGACUCUUAUGAAGAUUUUUGCUGUUGUUGUUGUGUAUAUACUGACCUAUUCCACCACAUUUUACAUUCUCCUCGCAGAAGACCAUUCAUUUGGGAACAUGUACAUAUCGUUCUUCUCAACAUUCGUUGCUAUGAUGAAUGGCUUUGAGAACAAUGAUUUGUUUUUAAAAAAGGGAAUGUAUCCUCAGUUAUUUCACAUAAAACUCUUUGUUCUUCUCUUGUUUUUGCUGAUAAUGUCUAUUGUGGUUCAAAAUGUGCUUAUUGGCUUAGCUGUUGGUGAUACCCAUGAAGUUAUGAAGUUGGCAACCUUUGGUAAACUUAAGAGACGAGCAAACUUUGUCAUUAGUCUUGAGAGAGCUCUGAAUAAAAUACCGUACUUUAGCUCCAAGGACGAUCAGUGUCUCGUUGAAUUUUCAAGACAAAAAGAGGAUUUGACUCAGGACGUUUUGGAUAAAAUUAUUUUUUCCGACAUUGAACUGGACGAUGUUGAACUUGAAGAUAAAGAUAAUCACUAUAAUCGUGAAUUUGAGGUGGCGUUGGAGGAUCAUAUUGAGAAUGCAAUGAAUAUGAAGCUUGAAAAUCUUCGUUCCGCCUUGAUGGAUAAACUGAAAGAAAUGGAAGAUGAAAUGAAGUAUAUGAUAGAAGAGAAUAUUGAUAAAGUUUUAGCAAAGUUUGAAGAGCAGCGCUAAACGAUAGCAUGCUGUGAACAUAACAGAAGGUCGGAGACCAUGAAGCAUGGGGUUUUGUGAGGCAUGCCCCGACCCCUUUUUCCAAGGAAAAACAUUAAUUUGAUGAAAUUCAACGACCUUUGUACAGAGCUGAGAGCUGGUCUAAAUUUUCUGUGUGGUAUUCCCCUCGCCUUUUGAGCGAGCUUUACAAUCCCUGUACUUAGGUAGUGUAUAUAAGCAAAACAGAUAUCUUUUGUUUAAAUGCAUAUUUAUUAGUUUCGAAGAUCAGGCCAAAUAAAGGACAAGUAAACAAUACGCCAUGUGAUUAGAAUUGGAAGACCUAAAAGGGUAAUGCAAGAGGUGUACCGACUCCCCUAUGAGCUGGAAUAUUAAAAUGUUUAGGUAUAAAGACAUGUUGAAAUGAUGUACUCCUUUCUAAAUGAAAUUCUGCAUCCACUGUUAAUUUGAAUCGGAUGAAUGUUAGAAAAUGACUUGAUUAACACGCAUUAAUUUGUAUAAUAAUUAGAAGUGUAUUGUUAUCUUCUGAGUCUUUCUUACCUGUAGGACACCGUUGCUUAAGUAGAUAACCAUUGCUUUUUGUGUACGUAUCCAUAUUGCAAGAAAAGGGGGAAAAUUCAUCUUCACUUUUAUUCAUUGUGCUGUCGUAGUCCAGAAUAGACAACGUCAUACCAAGUUGAAUGUAGACAAAAAGAAGACCAUAGUAAAGGCAUUAGUUUAGUCCUGAUUAGAAAAUGUCAUACUAAGUUUAAUGUAAACAAAAGAAGACCAUGGUAUCAUGAAGAAAAUGGAAAAGUAAACUGUGGUAUCAUUGAAUAUCAUGCGUCAUUAUAAACUUACGUAGUGAUAAAACAUUAUUUACAGGAUGGACUUACAUAACUACAUAAUUACUGUGUGUAUCAGGAAUCUUAUGAUUUGGUAAAAGUUAUUACAAUAAUUUUAUGAACGAUA